AUGGAUGGAAAACAGCAAAUUGAACACAUUUUUUCAAAGAAGAACAUCAAAGAUCGAAUAAGUUACUGUGUUCGAUUAAUUGCUUCAGAUGAUUGUAUUCGCUUUCUUGUACGACAAGGUCUUGCAUUUCGUGGUCAAGAUGAGUCCCAAGAGUCUAAUAAUCAAGGUAACUUUCUCGAACUUCUAACGUUUCUUGCUAAUCAUAAUGAGGAAGUUAGACUUGUUGCUUUAAAAAAUGCUCCUGAGAAUCUUAAACUGGCUUCAUCAAAGAUUCAGAAGGACAUUGAACAAAUGAUUGUAAUGUUUCGUUAUGUGGACAAGAGAGGGUGUGUGAUUGAGCGAUUCAUCAGUAUUGAACAUGUUCCUAAUACCAUUGCGAUCUCACUUAAGAUAGCAAUUGAUAAGUUUUUUUCAAAGCAUCGGUUGAGCAUAUCCAAAUUACGAGGUCAAGGGUAUGAUGGAGCUAGUAACAUGAGUGGAGAGUUUAAUGGUUUGAAAAGUAUUGUCAUGAAGGAGAAUGAAUGUGCUUUUUUUGUCCAUUGUUUUGCUCAUCAACUACAAUUAGCACUCCUGAGUGUGGCAAAGAAACAUGAUUUAAUAGGUACUUUUCUCACUGUAGUGUCUAAUGUGGUGAAUGUUUUUGGAGCCUCAUCUAAGCGUCAUGACAUUCUGCGGGAAAAACAAGCUCUCAAAGUCAUCAAAGCCUUAAAAGGUGGAGAACUUUUGAGUGGAAGAAGCCAAAAUCAAGAAAUGAUAGAUUUACAGCUACAAGAGCUAAAUAGUCGUUUUAAUGAGGCUAAUACUGAGUUGUUACUUUGUUUAGCGUGCUUAACUCUAGCUAAUUCAUUUUCUGCUUUUGACAAGGGAAAGUUAAUCUGUCUUGCUCAACUUUAUCCAUGUGAUUUUUCUACAAUGGAUAUAAAGCUACUAGAAUAUCAACUUCAAACAUAUGUUGAUGAUAUGCGUUCUCAUGUCAAGUUUUCAGCUUUGAAAGGGAUGGUUGAUCUUUCUAAGAAACUAGUUGAGACACAAAAGGAUAAGGUAUAUCAAUUGGUUUAUUUGCUUAUUAAAUUGGCAUUAACGCUUCCAGUUGCAACAACUUCGGUAGAAAGAGCAUUCUCUGUAAUGAACAUUGUGAAUCAUCAAAUGCACAACAAAAUAAGAGAUCAAUGGUUGAAUGAUAGCCUCACUGUGUAUCUUGAGAAUGAUGUAUUCAAUGCUAUUGAUAAUGAGCCUAUUAUUCAUCGUUUUCAAAACAUGAAAUCUCAUCGAGGACAACUUUAA